AUGCCGCAGUUUGAAUCGCCGGCUGCAGGUCGCGCGCUCAACGUGCAGGGCGAGAGGCAAAAGCCGAUGGACGUCAUCGCCAACGACAUCUUUGUAUCACACCUAACCGGCCGCGUGGCGGCGAUGGCGUCCGAGGAGGAAAGGUCGUGCAUCCUCGGCGACACUCCGUCGAGCCUUCCGACCGGGUCCAUCUUCGGCGUGUAUGCGCACACGCCUGGCCGCGAGUGCUUCCAGGCACGAGUCAAGCGGUCAAGAGCGAGCGGCCGCGACGGCCUCGUCGCCGCCGGGUACGCCCUCUACACGGCCUCGACGGAGCUCGUCCUCUCGAUGGGAAGCACGGCCCAUUCCGAGGGGAACGGAGUUGGCGAUGGCAGAGGUGAGAUGCCAGGCGGAGGGUGCAAGGCCCUCGGCUUCACCCUCGACCCGGCGGGGCGAGGCACCGCCGGCGGCGGGCGCUUCGUCCUCACGCGCCCCUCCCUCCGCUGCCCUGCCCGCGGGCCGUACUACUCGCUCAACGACGCGCGCGAGCCCGACUGGCCACAGGGGCUGCGGCGCUGGGUGCACGACGCGCGGCGCGGGUUGACGCCCUCGCGCACAAAGUUCUCCUCGCGGUAUGUCUGCGCGCUGCGCACAGGCCGUAGCCUCUGCGACUCGCGGCUGCUGUCGUCCCGCGGCUGGGCUGGCAACCCGCGGCCGCACCUUCGCCUCCUGUACGAGGCGGCGCCGCUCGCGCACGUCGCGGAGGCGUGCGGCGGUCGCGCCUCGGACGGUGUGCGCUGCUUGCUGGACGUGGUGCCGGCGGGCUUGCACGACCGGGUGCCGGUGUUCCUCGGCAGCGCGGAGGACGUGGCGGAGCUCGAGGCGUACGGCGAUGUGCAGCAAGGGCCGACGGUGUACUCUGCCGACGACACACCCGUCGGCCUCGCCUCUCUGCAGCGGCGCACCGCGGCGCGCGUGCCCGCCGUCGAGGAGAUGGUGCGUGGCCGCGAGGCGGCGAGUGGCUGGGCGUCGUUGACGAGGCUGCAGGCUCGGCUCGGCCUGUCGUCGGAAGAGCUCAAGGCGAUCGUGCUCCGCUUGCCGCAACUCCUCGGCGAGAGCUAUGAGGCGACCGUCGCCCCGCCGCUGGAGGCGCUCCAGGCGAGGCUGCGCCUCUCCGACCCGCAGCUACGGCGGCUCGUCACCAAGCUGCCGCAGCUGCUCGGGCUCGACUACGACGCGGAGGUUGCGCCGAAGCUCGACGCGCUGGCUGCGCGGAGCGGCGGCGCGUCCGACGCCGAGCUAGCGACGUUGCCGCUCGAGAGGCCGGCCGAGCUGCUCAAGGCCGGCGUGGAGGUGCGCGGGAGCGCGGGAGCCGUGCGCCGCACGACCGGCAGUGUGCAGAUGGGCCUGAGAGCAGCUCCGGUGGCACCAUGGGUGGCCCCACGCCGCUCCGGCGCCUGGAUGAUGGCUGAAGAGGAGGAGGAGGAGGAGCCGCCUCUCAGCCCACAGGCAGAGGCGGAGCGCCCCCCAGGCGAGGAGGAGGAGGACGACCCGCCCUUUGGAGGCGUCCCCGUCUUCGAGGUUGCACUCAUCGUGGCCGCCGUGUAUGCCUACGCAUCUGGAGACGCUUCGUCGUCGUAG